GGAGCCAGGGGACAAGGUGGUGACCCCCAGCUGGAGACUCCCGGGGUGCAUCACUGCAGGGGGGCAUGAUGCACCCCUGGGUGUGCCCCUCUGCUGAGUGUCCUGGGGCAGGAGGGUGCUGGGAGGCCGUGGGCUGCAGCUGGCCCUGGGGAGGGGAUCCUGAGGGGGCCGGGGAAGGGUCCCUUCUGGCUGCCACUUCCCCUUCGUGCCGGGAGAAGGUUUUGCAACCUCGCUUCCUCCCCGGGCAGCAUAAAGCAGGCAGCAGAGGGAAGGGCUGCCUGGACGGCAGCAGGGCGGCGGGCACAGGUGAGGGACCCCCGGGUCUGGCACUGCCACGCGCCCCACUGGAGCCCUUUGGGGGUGAUCCCUGGAUUCAUCCCCGUGCCUAGGUGCUCCCUGGUGGGGACCGGCUUGGGGACGGGGCCCUGGAGUUGGGGGUGCUGCACGGACAGAGAGUGUCAAGCACGGGGGACACGGGAUGCCCGGCAGCACCCUGCUGAGCAACAGGAAAACCAGACGUGAAGUAUUUCCAAAGCUGCCUGCAAAGGGUGACACGUCUUUCCGUCCUGUGGCUGAAACCACUCACACAGGGACAGGAUCAGAGAGGGGGGCAAAAUGGGGUCUCUCUCCAUCAGUGAGGACUUGUUCAACCUCUUGUCCUUCUACAACUACACCUAUGACUACAGCACAGCCAUGCCUGACACUGCUAUCUCUUCUGCCCCAUGCCGGCCUGAUGGCUCUGUCCUCAACAAGUACCUAGUGGUGGUGAUCUACUGCCUUGUCUUCAUCCUCAGUGUGGUGGGGAAUGGGCUGGUUGUGUUGGUGGUGACCUCCAGCCACACCAGCCGCUCCGUAACCGAUGUCUAUCUGCUCAACCUGGCUGUGGCAGACCUGCUCUUUGCCUUCAGCCUGCCUCUCUGGGCUGCCUACCGAGCCCACGAGUGGGUCUUUGGCACUGUGAUGUGCAAAGCUAUCUCCGUGCUGCAGGAGACCAACUUCUACAGUGGCAUCCUGCUGCUGGCCUGCAUCAGUGUUGACCGCUACUUGGCCAUCGUCUAUGCCACUCGGGCUGCCACCGAGAAGAGGCACUGGGUGAAGUUUGUUUGCUUGGGCAUCUGGGUCUUCUCUGUGUUGCUCUCACUGCCUGUGCUGCUCUUCCGUGAGGUUUUCAUCUCUCCCAGCAAUGGCACCGUGUGCUAUGAGUACAUUGGGAACCAGGACACGACCAAGUGGCGGGUGGUGCUGAGGAUCCUGCCACAGACCUUUGGCUUUGCCCUGCCUCUCCUGGUGAUGCUCUUCUGCUAUGGUGUCACCAUCCACACCCUCCUGCAGACCAAGAAUUCCCAGAAGCAGCGGGCCAUGAAGGUCAUCUUUGCUGUGGUGCUGGUCUUCCUCAUCUGCUGGCUGCCCUACAACAUCACAUUGGUGAGCGACACCCUCAUGAGGACACGGGCCAUCGCUGAGACCUGUGAGAGGAGGAACCGCAUCGACGCAGCCCUCUCCAUCACACAGGUCCUGGGUUUCGCCCACAGCUGCAUCAACCCCAUCAUCUAUGCCUUCAUCGGGCAGAAGUUUCGCAACAGCUUCCUCAAGAUCCUGGCCCAGCGUGGGCUCAUCAGCAAGGAUGCUGUGGCUCGCUAUGGCCGUGCCUCCUAUGCUUCCACCUCUGGCAACACCUCCACCACCCUCUGAGCCCUGCCAGGACCUGACCUUUGCAGCUCCCAACAGGUCCCAGCACCCUACGUACCCCAGCAUCCUUGCCCAGCCCCCUGGGAUGCAGGUGGUGAUGGCAUGGGGAAGGGCCACCACUGAAUGCUGAAUCCCAGCUGGAAGGGGCUUAGGCAGUGAGGGGGUAGGACCUCAUUGCUAGGGGAGUGAUGCCCAGUGCUGCCCACCCUCCCUGCUCUUUGGGGCAGAGCCUGUGAUUUCAGAGAC